CUAGACAUGACAAGUAUGGCCUACCGAGUGGGCAUGGGGUCGGCCAUGUGUGUCGGUUCCUGUCAAUGACAAUGCCAUGGUGAUCGUUGUGGGCCAUGGGCGAUGGCACCAGUGCGAAUGUUUUCCUUCCGUGGAGCCAGACUACUGAACACCGCCCUGCUGUUCAGCGUUUCCGUCUUCUGCGGUGUCGUUGUUGGCUCGCUAUUGCACAUACUAUACCAGUAUGCACCGUGUAAAUCGGCUAGUGACGAUGCGCACAAAGUAAUUUCGGAAAGUGCGUCGAAAGCGGACGGAAACGAUUCCCUUCAGCGGCAGCAAUCGCAAGAGGAAGGACGCAGAAUCGCAUGGCACUGCCAGUGGCAGAAUGGCGGAGCAAGAAAAUCAGGGGCAUCACAGCCAGUGUGGUAUAAGGACAUUCUCAGUGAUGCACAACCAAGCAUGCCAGCUAGUCGUGUACCAACUGAGUCGGCAAGCAGGCACCAAGGCAGCAAUGAACCUGAACAAGGCGCCGAGGGUCACCUGGACCAAUCUUCGGACGGCGCGGCUGUGUUCGCAAUACUCACCGACAAAGCCAGUGUUGAUGAUCGCGUCAUGAAUGGUGCAGUGCUGUCAUGGGCCAGUGUUUUACUGCAUCGCCGUCUUGCUAAGGCCAUGCCAGGUGAAUACACAUUAGCUCACAGUGCAGACCAUGAUAUGCAUCACCUCAUUGUUAUGUGCCAGACAUGCACCAGCAUCCCAUCGGCGAGCGACGAAGUGAAGAGCAACAUUCACUGGUUGGUGGGUGCUAGUGCAUCGUCACCAGAUGCACUGUUCGGUGCUGCUGUACGUCAAACUGGAACAGGCUCCGCUGGCUGGUUAGUGAUUGUGGAAGAUUCCUCAUUCGUCAAUGUCCCUCAGUUACUGCACUAUAUUGGCCGGUCAGUUGCCAUGCAGCAUGCCAUUGCUGUGCGCUCACCUGAAAUUGCCUGCCCGUGCAUGCAAGAACACUGCAUGCCUUGCUCAGCAGAUGACAUUGCUGCUUUAGUUGUUCCUAUGCAUCUGGCGCAACGCUAUACGGCCAAGUCUCAACACGCAUCGUCCAGUCCGUCCGAUUCCUAUCAACAAGGAGGCAACGCUGCUGCUGCUGCUGGCAUUGCAGAUCUGUCACGUCAGCUCCAAGAAGUACUAGAUGUCCGUAAAUGCCCGGCUGCCGAAGACAGGCACACAAAGGGCGGAGCGCGUCGUUCAUCCGGCUUGUGUCACCGCAUUGCACACAUCCUGGAUAGGAACUACUGGAGCCAGCCACAAUCAGGUUUUCAGACAGCUAUGGUAACGUGCCUGACCCACAGCGAGCAAUACAAGCAUCUCCUGCAUGAGAUGCUGCGAGACUGGGCGUCACGUUUGUACUUUCGAAUUGAAUCACUGCGCAUGCAGCUGAAAGAACAGGAAGUGAUGCUUCAUCUCAAUGCAAACGAGUCUGCGGCAGUAGGCAGUCAGCCACUGCUAGCAAAGAACAUUGCGGUGUUCUCACGCAUGAGGGAUUCAUGCUCUGGUGACGGCAAGCCACUACUCUCCCCUACACCACAGUAUGGGGAGAUCGUCGAACAGUUAAGGCAUGCAACGUGGAGUAUGAAUGAUAGAAGUGCUCUAAGGCAAAUGUAUCUCUUCUCCAGCACUCAUUCCAGUUUACCCUUCCAGUAUCAUACUGAGCUGGAUGAGAACAAUAUCGUCAACGGCGGUGAGCUGGUGGGGAAACUUGUUAGGCAGCGUACGCGCAAGCACAAUCCCAAGCUGAAGGUGAAGGGACGCAUACUGGACGCGCAUGUGCGUACUUGUCCUAGCUAUGGCACUGAAUACCGUUUGACCAUUCAGCUGUCUACAGUGAUACUAGACGGUACACGUUCGUACAUGCUUCAGAGGAGACUGGGCGACUACAUGCUAGUACCAUCCCAUGGUGUUCCAUAUCGCCGAUCCACUGUUGCCAUAUUGCCAAUCUCAAUGGCCGGCCACAGGUUCCAGGCAUUCUUGGCCAUGUAUGAGCGCACGGUGUUACGCCAAGACGUGCACCACGUCAAGCUGGUGGUGGUGCUCAUGUCGACGGAUGAUAGCGUUCACCAAGCCGUAUCAGCCGACAUCAUUGCCAUGAAGCAAAGAUACCCAUCGGCAGAUGUCCUAUUUGAUUUCCGUCCAGAGACGUUCAGGCGUGGUCGAUGUCUACACUAUGCUGUUUUGCAGCAAGACCCUGGAGACAUACUGUUUUUCUGUGAUGUCGACAUCACCUUCUCAGCAGGGUUUCUACAACGGUGCGUACACAACGCUGAGCCGGGACUGCAGGUGUACUCGCCUAUUCCGUUUGCCCUGUAUGACCCUGUGUUUGUGCAGCGGGCUAGGAAGUACGGUCUGCGCAGAGACAGCUUCGACAACGCUGCCCUGGGUAUGACCGACGAGCAGGUGCAUGAGGUCAUUGAUGACAUGAUGAGAAGCGGAUGGCCAACAGGACAUUUUCCACACGGCGGUGGUGGCGGUGGCGCCAAUAGCACCAGUGAGUAUAGGCAUCAGUACAUCGUCGAGAAUGGGUUGAUGGUGGAUGCAGAGUACGGCCAUUGGUUGGAGCACUCAUACGGUAUGCUGUGCUUGUAUCAACAAGACUACAUGAAUGCCGGUGGUUUCGACCUCUCCAUCGCUGGCUGGGGCGGUGAGGACGUUGAUCUAGCGGAGAGGUUGGUAGCUAGGGCUGGCUUGGACCUAUUCCGGAGUCCUGAUCCGGAGCUCUUUCAUCGCUGGCAUCCCAAGCAUUGUGAUCCUGAAGCGCUGGAUGAGCAUCAGUAUCUUAUGUGUACGGCUUCAAGGGAAGAAUCUAUAGCAUCACUGCAGCAACUUAUUAUAGUACACUAUGGCCUGUGAGUUGUGGCCUGUCUGCGUGUGCCAGUGUCCGCUUAACACAUGCAGCGGCUGUGCUAGCAUCUGUCUGCAUUUUUACGUAUGUUCAAGGACCAACUCUAUUUUCUAGCUUGAGAAUCAGUUGAUGUCAUAAUUGAUCAGUGAUUUAGAUUUCUCAUUGGUUUGAAGGAGGUGAUUUUUUGGAAUAGCAUAUUGCUAUCAUAUUCAGUGGAAUAGAAUGAUGAUUCUCAUUUGGUUCAA